CCAUCAAACCCUCUACAUCACAACGGUGGAAUUUGCUUGGAGGAACAGAAAACAGACCACCCUGAUUCGGUAGCCAGCGACCUUCCCCAGCCAGCACUAGCUCUCUGCAUUUGCUGAUUGCAAAGCUCCGAGUGGAAGACAGAGGCCCAUUACUGUAUUAUUAGGCAGGGGUUUUCAGUUCGGUUGCCAUCGUGAUGGCGGACCGGGCCAACGGCGGCUUGCCCGCGCGCUUCAGCAUCGCAUCCCAAAGCAGCAACCACUUGGCGGCCAUGAGAAGAAGCUAGGCACACGCGCAUCCUAGCGUCUGGCGCCCCUUGAUGCCGACGGCUCAUGCCACGGGCGGCAGCGCUCCGCCGGCUGUCCAGGCCUCGGCGCCCGCGGAGAAGAGCAAGAGCUUCGUCGCGGACCUCCUCCUGGGCGGGGCGUCGUCGGCGGUGUCCAAGACGGUGGCGGCUCCGGUCGAGCGCGUCAAGAUGCUUCUUCAGAACCAGGAAGCGCUCAUCCGCGCCGGCCGCCUCUGGUACCCCUACGGAGGCAUCGGCGACUGCUUCCGCCGCACCGUCCGGGAGGAGGGCGCCCUCUCGCUGUGGCGCGGCAACGGCGCCAACGUCGCCCGCUACUUCCCCACGCAGGCGCUCAACUUCGCCUUCAAGGACUACUUCCGGGGCCUGCUCGCCUUCCGCAGGGACACGGACGGCUACUGGCGGUGGUUCGCCGGGAACGUCGCCUCCGGCAGCGCCGUGGGGGCCACGUCGCUGCUCUUCGUCUACUACUCCCUCGACUACGCCCGGACGCGCCUCACCAACGACUACCGCGCGGCGAAGGGUUGCGGCGAGAGGCAGUUCGCGGGGCUGGCCGACGUCUACCGCAAGACGCUCCGCUCCGACGGCGUCGCCGGCCUCUACCGCGGCUUCAACGUCUCGGUGGUCGGGAUCGUCGUCUACCGCGGCCUCUACUUCGGCAUGUACGACUCCUUCAAGCCCGUGCUGCUCACGGGGAAGCUGCAGGACAGCUUCCUCGCGAGCUUGGCGCUCGGCUGGAUGAUCACCAAUGGCGCGAACCUGGCCUCGUACCCGCUUGAUUCCGUCCGGAGGAGGAUGAUGAUGACCUCGGGGGAGGCCGUCAAGUAUAAGGGCGCCAUUGACGCCUUCGCUCAGAUCAUCAAGAACGAGGACCCCAAGUCGCUGUUCAAAGGCGCCGGCGCCAACGUCCUCCGCGCCAUCGCCGGCGCCGGCGCGCUUGCUGGCUACGAUCACCUGCAGCUGCUCUUCUUUGGCAAGAAGCUCGGCUCCGGUGGCGCCUAGACACACAGGGAUUCAGCGAAAAACAGUAAAAGAUGAUGACGACAAGUGCAUUUGGUUGUUUUAGUUGUUUUUAUUUAUUACAGGUUCUGAUAGAUGUUUAUAUAUAGCUCAAAAUUCAAAACAAGAAGCAUUCAGAUUUCAGAUUGCUUACGUUC